GUGUGCAAUCAUUUUUUCCGUACGGACUCGAUCAAUGUCUGAGCCUGGGCCUAUAUGGCUCACUGAGGCCAGAAGCUGCGACAGAUAAAUACUUUGAACGGUGUGAAGCCUAAUUGCCAACACUUUGCUGGCGCCUCUGGCGACUCGGGCGACGCGCCCCUCGCGCGACGCCUUGAGCUGAACCUGCGCUCGGUCGGGGAUGCUGUGGGUCCACACUAUCUGCCAACGUGCCAGGCUUGAGAAAUCCGAGGGCUGCGGCACAGGCGGGAAAGAACAUUGAUGCAAUGCGGAGGUGGACAAGGAGGGACGGGGGAGGUGCCAGCGACGCGCAGGCGCGGCCUAGCACAGGAGGGACAGGGCGCCUUAAUACUCAACAUUGUCAGUAACAUGCGUGGGGGCUGUGUCCAGGCCGAGUGCUGCGCGGAGCGCCUGUGCGAAGGACAUAGUGAGCACAUUCACUCUGCUGACCCGCCGUCGCUGCUCUUCACAGGGAGGCCCAGCAAUCAUGAAGGGCAAACGGGAGAGGGGGAUUGGAAUGGAAAUCUGCGCGCCGGCUGCGGUAACCGAAGCGGUCCUCUAGAGGGCAGACCGUGCGAUGAGCACCUCGGAAAAAUGAAGGAAACGAGCAAACACUGGAAAAUCUGGUUAAUAGAUCUUCUGGUGCGCCGCGCCCCAGAAAUCGAUCUUUCUCUGUAUGUAUGUACGGAAGGGUCUAUACACACCUACUCGGGGCAGUGUAGGAUAAAAGGCAUUCAGUCUGAGAAACACUGCUGGCUAAAAAAACAAAAGGAGGAGGAGGAGGAGGAGGAGGAGGAGGAGGAGGAGGAAGAAAAGGAGAGGGGGGCAGCCAGCAGCACGCCGUGAGCAAAUCUAAAGUCAGUGGGUCAGGCGAAACAGUGUCUUAUCAUGUGCGACGCGCGCCACCCGAUCCCCAGCGGGGUCUGCUGACAGAGCGUUUGGCUACAGUUCUGAACCACGGGAUCUAACAUGCUGAUAUGAUGUUCCACCUUCCUUCGGUGCCCACAAAGAACCAUGCAUUAUAAUGGACUGUCUUUCCGCUUGAAGUCUGUCCCAGUCAUUGAUGUGACACUUGUUCCAAUAUUCAUCGGCUCGAGAAAUUGCACGUCCUAUAUGGUCCACCCCAAUUUGGUCAGCAAGUCUCGCCACGCGGAAUAUGCUGCGAAGCAUCAUUCCCCGGACGAUUCUGAAUCUAAGUGAAGUGGCGGUGCCCAUCGUCCAACACUCACACCCGUACAAAGAAGCUGGCCGGGAUCACCGCGCUGUCAAAUAAUCGCAUUCGUCGCCGUAGAACAUACGUCCUCGUACACAAUACUUUCCGGAAUUUCGCACGAUAUUGCCACGUUUGUGCCCAUCGGUUCGUGAACUCGACCUCGUGGUAGUGGCCCAUGGAUAACUGUUUCCCCACGCAUAUUUCAAACACUUCUAGCUUCAAAAUGUCGACGUCGUGUCCAACCGUGUUAAUACAUUUCUUUUCCCAAGGUGUUAUCCAUUCGGUUGCCCCGACAUGCCACGCGCUGGAACGCACUGCCUCUCCCUCGCCGCCGACAGAAAACCCCAAGGUGUACAGGUAGACAGUACUGUACUUUGUAACCUCGUCCUUGAGGUCCCUUAGCAUCUUGACCACGGCCGCUUUGCUCUGGGCUAAUAAGAAGCCGUCGUCCCCAAACCGGAGAUUCGCCAGAGGACGCAACACGCAGUCCACGACAAAGCCGUAGUAGUACUAUCCCGCCCUACGAAAGUUCAGGUUGCUCCACUUUUUCUUCACACUGCGGAAACAUACUUCCAUUACUGCCUCAAAAAACAAAGCCGAUAUUGGAUCUCAUUGCUUCACACCACGUGAUGUACCAAAUGUCCUUGACUCGGUCCCCGCCACGACGAACAAAUCGACGCACUCAGGUCCAACUCCCAAGCCGGCCAAUACCUUCCAAAGCGCAGAAUGUUCAACCGUGUCAAAUGCUUCUUUUUCGAAACCUACCAACGCAACCCAGGAAAUUUUAAUUGUAUUCUGCACCUCCUUCUGUGAGUAAGGUCAUGACCAUCAGGUGGUCCACUGUUAACUUGUCACUUGCUGUAUACAGCCUGGUCUGGAGACUGCUCUGAGAUGAUGAUCUGCUGUAGCCAGUUGCAUAACAUGCGCGCAAAUAGCUUAUAUAAUACUGGAAGGAUCGCGAUCAGCCUGUAGUUCUUCACAAGUAAUGAAGCCGGCGACGCCGGUCAGCCACGUCAUCAGGUCAGCCUGGUGCGCAAUCGUCGUCGGGCACCUCCGAGGCUUCCGCACCCUUGCCCAGCCGCUUCAGGGAGAUGUUCCUCACUGCGUCGCUGCCAGACGCCAAGGGCCCAACCCAACCACUAGCGCAGAGCUUUCGCCGAGGUGCCCCAGGUGAUGCGUGCCGCCUCCGCCGUCGUGCGCGGAAGCGACAAGAAUUACCCCAGCUGUGCACGCGAGCAGGGCGGCACUCGCUGACUACCCCCAGGCCUCUUCCAGCAUGAAACGAGCUAGCACGCAAGUGAUUAGCGGCGACGCGUACUUGAUCGCCCUUGCCUCUCCUACAGCCGUCGACGUCGCGACAACAGAGAAGAUGCAGAAAUUUGAGCUGCCCGCCACACAUCGUGCUGUGAUCCAGCAUCUCCUGCUGCUACCAAAGCUCCACAUGUCAUCACUCGCUGGACUCAAGACGCCCCCCCAAGCUCCAGCUUGAAACUGGGGUUUGCAUCAGCAAGGGCUCCUAAGUUCGCGCUUCGCGCUGCGCGAAGCGCGAAUAACUUCGCGCUCUCGCGCCGCCCCCCAAGGGGGAGAAGAGGAGGACGAGGAGGAGGGGGAGGAGGAAGGAGGGCGGCGAAGCGCGAAGCGCGAAGAACUUCGCGCCCUCCUGGGAGCCCAGGCAUCAGGAACCGCACUGUGGCAAAAGCCACGGCCUGGCAGCCGGCACGUCUGGCCAUCCUCAUCGCCACCGACUGGCUCGGGGUGGACAGGGACGCGACGACCAGGGGGAGGCCCCCCAUCAGCAAGCGUGCCCUGCCGCUGCCCACGAGGCUGACGGCGCCCUUUCUGCUCCGUGCGAUCCUCCUCUUCUGGAUCGAUGUCGGCCGAAUCCCCUUCCUGCGUGCCAGCAUUGGUGGAUGUCCCCCCCUUCUCGGCAUCAGUGGGUGCAAGAGAUGCCUCCCCCUUCUCGGCGUUACGGGGCGUAACGGACGCCAGUCAGACUGUAGGUCUGCUGUCACCUGACAAGCUGCCAGUGCCAGCUGCCUGGAACUCACAUCUUGAGCCAAAGUGACAACGGGACAACAACUCUGUGCACAGUCAUCGUGCUGCCAUAGGGCACGCUGAAUAAGGAACGAAGGGGCUGCUCUGGC